AUGUCCUCCUCCUUUCCACCAUGUCCUCCUCCCCCCCAUGUCUCCUCAUGUCCGUCAACAUGUCCUCCUCCUUGUCCGCCACCAUGUCCUCCCCCACCACCGCCUCCUCCUCCGCAGCCCCUUCCUCCUUCUCCUAUGCCCCAACCAACACUUCCACCCUCUAUCAUAGCAACCACAACAAGUCCAACAAUAUUCUCGUGGUGUCCCAAUACAUGCAAAGACCACUGUUCGGCAUCAUGUCCACAGGUGUGCUGUAGAAUUCGCUUACGAAUCAACAAAUACCAAAAACCUUGUCACCCCUCAUGCUCGGCACAAUGUUCUCCGCAUUGUGCGACGCAAUGCUGUAGAACCCCACUUCGUGUAAACGUCGUUAGUCCAGUGUCAUGUCCCAACAUGUGCAAUUCUCGUUGUACUUAUGAUUGUCCUUGGCAUUGCUGCAUUUCCAAGCGAUCGUCAAUACCAUCAAAACCUGCGUUUUACAAGGCAGGAUGGAAACAAACAGGUGAAAAUUCCACCUCCAAAGUAAACCCGCCAACACCAGCUCCAAGAAAAAGUUUCCCUAACUCCUAUAGGUCACAGCAAUUUCGAAAUAUAAUGCAACCUUAUAAACAGAGCUCUGUAGCAAAGCACGGAAACGUGAUUGCAAACAUGAAAAACAUUUUAAAUCAAAACACAAGAGUGUUCCGAGGAAAAACAAUACCCUACAUCAACACUAACAAGGGUGGAUCUUCAGCAAGAGAAGCUCUAAAACUAACAAAACUGAAACAGAAAAUCAAUAAAUUUUCGGUAAAAAUAAGAAACUUAGGCCAAAACAUAGCUCAAUUGGGACAGUCGACCCACUGUAUCCCGUCUUGUAAAACCUAUUGUACCGCCCAAUGUCCACCAUACUGCUGCAAUCUUCCAUACCGAAGAAACAGGAUACCAAAAAGUAAUCCAGUCGAUUCCACAAUGCCUUACAAAAGAAAUAAAAUAUUAAGAGUCUCAGCCUCAAAAUUAACUCAAUCUAAAGCAAGGAGAUGGAUAUGCCCAGAUGUGUGUAGAUCAAAAUGUGGAACGUUUUGUCCAUUUCGAUGUUGUUUGGUCCCACAUAGAAGAUCAUAUAUCACACCGUAGCAGGAUAUAGCAAGAACUAUCCAAGCAUUUGAUAGCAAAGGUUUACAUGUUUGUAAAUGUAAAUCUUCCAGUUUACUGGAGUCCUGAGAAGGUCUGAUGGUGUUGAUGUUGACUGACGCCUUGCUAAGCGGUAGUCAUCUUCAGAGUAAGAAAUAAACAGCAACAGUCCUCGUUAGGAUUUCACUAUCUUGGAAGAUCUACAUCUACAAACGUGUAACGAUACUCCCGGUUUCAAACCACUCACCUUACAGCAAAGGUUAGUAAUACAUGGGGUAGCAGAAUAGGAACUCUUAAAAAGAAUGGGCGGUUUAAUCACAAUAAUGAUAAACACAGAAACACCUUUCUGAAGGAAGUUUAAGAGUAUUGUUAAUACGAAUGAAGCACAGUUUGUAUAGUAUAGGUUAAGGUAUAAUGUAAUGUAGUUUGUGAAACCUCGUCGAAAUGAAUUAUUUUUGUUUAUAGUGAACGAUUGUUUUGCAUUAGAGUUGUUAAUAUUGAUGAAAGAAUGAAAAACAAAAUAUUUUGAUAAAUUCCUUCUUUUA